CAUGAGCUGACAUGGUAGAGACUGAUUCGGCGGGACAAAAAGAAAUUGAAGAAAAGCCCGAGAAAAAAAGAGAGAUUUUAUUAAUUCCCAACUCAAUUUUUGAAAUUGAAGAAGAAGAAGAAGAAGAAGGUGAAGUUCUUCUCUGUCAUUUGAAGAAAAGAAUCUCACCAGUUUGGUAGAACAGAUCUAGAAGAUUACAUUGUGGGUUUUCUAUCUUUCAUCAAAUCAUGGUUAGAUCAUCAGUAAGAAGAAUGAUAUCAUCAAGAAAUGAUCUAGUUUACCCAGUUCUCGGUUUUGCAUCCUUGUUUGCAUUUCUUUACAUGUCAUUUGGCCAUCUGUUCAAUCUGCAAAAUGGGGAAAACAGUUUUAGUUUUGUGCAGAGAAAUGGUACCCAUUUCACUUCCGAUGGUACAAUAUUCUAUGUCAAUGGAUGGAAUUCUUACUGGUUAAUGGAACAUGCUGUAGAAGAUAAAAGUAGACCUAGGGUAAGAGAAAUGAUGCAACAAGGUGCUAAGAUGGGUUUAACAGUUUGUAGAACAUGGGCUUUCAAUGAUGGUGCAUAUAAUGCUCUUCAGAUUUCACCUGGAAAAUUUGAUGAACGUGUUUUCAAGGCAUUGGAUCAUGUAAUUGCAGAGGCUAGACGAGAAGGAAUUAGGCUUUUGUUAUCUUUGGUUAACAAUUUGCAUGCUUAUGGUGGAAAGAGACAGUAUGUUCAUUGGGCUUGGGAAGAAGGUGUUGGUUUAAGCUCUUCAAAUGAUUCAUUCUUCUUUGAUCCAUCCAUUAGGCAAUAUUUCAAAUCCUAUGUUAAGACUAUACUUACUAGGAAGAACACUGUAACUGGAAUUGAAUAUAGGAAUGAUCCAACUAUCUUUGCAUGGGAGUUAAUCAACGAACCCCGAUGCACAUCUGAUCCAUCAGGCGAUACUCUCCAGGACUGGAUAGAGGAUAUGUCUGCUUUCGUGAAGUCAAUUGACAAGAAUCACCUCUUGACAAUAGGGCAUGAAGGGUUCUAUGGUCCUAAAAGUCCUAAAGCAUCAACUGUCAAUCCAGGCGGUUGGGCUACAGAACUCGGUUCAGAUUUCAUUCGUAACUCGAUCAUACCAGCAAUUGAUUUUGCCUCAGUACAUAUCUAUCCUGACCAAUGGUUUAAUUAUGAGCUAGAUCUUGAGGCGAAGCUGAAAUUUACGUCGAAAUGGAUGCUUUCUCAUAUUGAAGACGGUGACAAAGAGCUAAAGAAACCUGUUUUCUUCACUGAGUUUGGGAUGUCAAAUCUGAGCAAGGGUUUUAACCCGUCUCAACGAGAUAAGUUAUACAAAACUGUGACCAACAUUAUUUACAAAUCUGCGAAAAAGAAGACAUCUGGUGCAGGUUCUCUAUUCUGGCAGUUCUUGGUCGGGGGAAUAGAGGAGUACAAUGAUGAUUUCGGCAUUAUUCCUUGGAAAAGCCCGUCGACUAACAGGCUAAUUGGAAAACAAUCGUGUCGAUUGGCAGCAGUUCAUGGAGCAUUACCUUCACAAAGGAAAUACCUGAAACAACUGUGUUUGUAGAA